CAAUGCGUCCGGGCAGGAAGCGGGCUCGCGCGAACUCGGAAGCGGAGCACCCCGCGCGAGGUCGGGAAGGGGGCGGUCGCGGCCCGGCUACCUGCCUCAGACAGCUUCCGGCCGGGAGUCUGGACUGUUCGUUUGUCUGAGGAGGCGGGAUGGGUGCCACCGGCUCCGUCUGGAGCGACAGCUCUCGAGGACGUAGCUAAGGGCAUCGACCAUGGCGCUGCUUCGGGCCCUCAGGGGCGCGACCUGGCGUUUUCCCGGCCAACUUGCGCGUCAGUCCUCCCGCUCGGCGCGGCCCGGGGAGCGGCCCGGGGGAGAGGAGCUGAGCCGCCUGCUCCUGGAUGACCUGGCGCCUGCCCCGCGCCCCACCGGGGGCCGGGAACUCCUGUUCGGCCUGUCCCCGUGCCUCCUGGCUCUGCGGGCCGCCCGCCGCCGCGUGGCCCGGCUCCUACUCCAGGCCGGCCGGUCGGGGAUGCGGGGAGAGCGGGCAGAGCUGCUCCGGGAAGCGGAAGCGAGGGACAUUCCGGUUCUGUGGCCCCGGCGGCAGAAGCUGGACGCCCUGUGCCGCCACCAGGUGCACCAGGGCGUCUGCAUGGAGGUGAGCCCGCUGCGGCCCCGGCCCUGGACCGAGGCCGGGGAGGCGAGGCCCGGAGAUGACCCCCAGCAGCUGUGGCUCGUCCUCGAGAGGCUCCAGGAUCCCCGGAAUUUCGGGGCCGUGCUGCGCUCCGCUCACUUCCUCGGAGUGGACCAGGUCAUCACCAGCCGCAGAAACAGCUGCCCGCUCACUCCGGUAGUCAGCAAGGCCAGCGCGGGGGCUAUGGAGGUGAUGGACAUAUUCUUCACCGAUGACCUGGACGGCUUUUUACAGGCCAAAGCCCGGCAGGGCUGGCUCGUGGCUGGCACGGUGGGCUGCCCAGGGCCUGAGAUUUCUGGGUCCUCUGAGAUCCCCAUCACUAGCUGCUUGGAGUUCCUCUGGGACCAGCCUACUCUCCUAGUGCUGGGGAAUGAGGGCUCUGGCCUGUCCCCAGAGGUGCAAGCCUCCUGCCAGCUCCUCCUCACCAUCCUGCCUGGCCGGCAGCUGCCUCCUGGACUGGAGUCCUUGAAUGUCUCCGUGGCUGCAGGAAUUCUUCUUCACUCCAUUUGCAGCCAGAGGAAGGGUUUUCCUGAAGAUGGGAAGAGAGGGAAACAUCUCCGAGACCCCCAAGAACCCUCAGCCACGGCUGAAGGGCCCAGAUUGCCUCAGCACCCAGGACUGUCCUCAGGAUCAGAAAGAGAGAGGCAAGACGGGGGCUGACUUGAACUGUUCAAGAUGUGUAUGUGCUGGAGGGCAGGGAAUAGGUGGCCCACACAUCCACAUGGUGAAGUGUGUUGGAAUCUGUUACUUGAGUGUGCACCAGGCUCUGUUCAGUAAUCACUGUCUUGGAAAGCAGGGAGCUUUGCGGUGGAGACCGGAAGAAGUCCUGUUUCCUGUUUUGAGUUUGCAGUUGGAGAUGGUAGCCUGUUAAUUUCUAGGAUGUUUCCUCCCAGGUCCUGCCUGGACAUCAAGGGGAAAUCUAAACAUCAGAAGGGAGUUGGGCAGCACAGUCCAGGGAUUCUAUUCCUUCGAACCAGUGUGAGAAUGUAGAGGGAGCCAAGGGCUCUUUGUGGGCCAGACAGGUGCAAAUCCAGGCUCACACCCUGCCCCACUGCGGGGCCUUGAGCACGGACUUCAUCUUUAUAUGCCUCAGAGCCCUUGUUGGCACCUCCCUCUCAGGGCUGUUGUGAGGCUCAAAUAAAACCUCAACUGGUGGGCCAUUCUGUUCGAUUCAUCCAUUAGGUGGCAGCCUUGCUCUUUAGUCCAGGGUCUUUUCGGGAAGCUCUUGCAGUCAGCUGGGGAGAUCCCUGGCCGUGGCCUCCAAGAGGCAAGGGAAAGAUUAGCAAACACCUCCCACCCCACUGGCCCUCAAGUCCCCCUGACUGGUGAGUCAGCAGUUAGUCCACCUACACGGAAGGAACCAAUGAAGCCUGGUCUUCGAUUCUGGGAGGUGGCGAGGAUAGGGUUGCUGGUUGUUAUUGGGAACGAUUUGGUACUUGUCCCCCAGGAACAGAGGCCACAGGUGUAAGUAGUUUAAAUAGUCUGGGCUGCACAUUGGAACCACCUGACAAGCUUUAAGAAUCAACUGACACUGGGACCGAUCCCCAGAGUCUGAUGUAGUUAGUUGGUUAGGGAGCAGCUGGGCAUCAGGAUUUGUAAAGCCUCCCCCUUCCCCACCACAGGUGUUAUGUGCAGCCCAGGCUGAGAACCUGGAGCAGGGUUUGUCAGUCUCAGCGCUGUUAACAUUCUGGGCUGGAUAAUUCUCUGUUGUGGGGACUGUGCUGUGCAUUGUAGGAUAUUUAGCAGCACCCCUGGCCUCUACCUACCAGAUGCCAGUAGCAGCCCCCUUCCUCCAGUUGUGACAACCAAAAAUCUCUCUAGACCUUGCCGUAUGUCCCUGGAGGGUGGGUGGGGGAGUCACCCCUAGUUGAGAACCACUGCUCUGGAGUGUGGAUCUGGAGGACAACAACCCUAAAUUCAAAUCCUGAUUGCUGUGUGACCUGGGGCAAGUUCCUUACCUGCCUGGGCCUCAGUGCCCUCCUCAGUGAAAGGGGGUAACCCUGUCCUUCUGGAUUGCUAGGAGGAUUCAGAGGACACCAGGAACUCAGUGCCUCAUGCAUAGUAGGUGCUCAGUAAAUAGUACUGCCCUUUCUCUGUGGACUGCAUUUAUCUUGGAAUUCUAAUGGUAAUGACAAUUUAGAAAGACAUUUGAAUUUGUUUAAACAGGGCCUAGCCCUAGCUGGUUUGGCUCAGUGGAUAGAGUGUUGGCUUGCGGACCAAAGGGUCCCAGGGUCGAUUCCGGACAAGGGCACAUACCUAGGGUUGUGGGCUCGAUCCCCAGUAGGAGGCAUGCAGGAGGCAGCCAAUCAAUG